GGUGAGCUUUCCUUGUCCCACGCCAGGUGAGACACCCAGAAAAGGUGUGUUUGUGUGGUGGUGCGAUUUUUUGCGCUGGCAUCGUUCUAAUCUAUCGCUUGAACACGGAUAUUUUGGGUGCCGCCGAAAAUAAUGAUGUAACAAAGGGUUCUGUUUUCAUGUUGACCUCACAGUCUGAACUCCCCAGAGUGUUUAGGCGCCUUUUGAAACUUAGACGCGCUUUCAAAAACUCAUUAACGCGAGGGAAGAACUGCACUAAUAGUGAGUUCUGGAGAUGGUAAAAGUUCGGAAGUUUAGAUAAAGUUAGGCUAAUGUGAGUUGGCUGAAUUUCGAAUAUUUCAUGAGAUAUGGAAGGAGAGAUCCCUUAACAGUCUAUUUUUCCCCCUAAAACUUCUUAACCCUGUACAAGUCACAGAGAAAACUGCCUGCGGUCACAAGGAGGAGAGAAACUCAUCUUGAAUCGAACUUGAAGUCCAUCCCCAACACCCCGAAAACUAAGUGAAUGGCAGAGCAACUCACAAGUGCAAUAAACAGAGUGAAGAAGUGUUGCUGUAUGCUCUAAUAAGUUAUUUAUGGAAAUUUAUUGUGUAUUUUUUCGGCAAGAUACUCUCCUCGCUUUGUGUACACACGACUGUUUGGAUAAGAGCCGAACUCUGUGUAACUUUACAGUGAAAUACAGUGGAAAAGAGCGCGCACGUUCCUCAUAUUUGCACACACACCUCAUAACAUUUCGUCGUGCGGAUUUUGUCCCGUGACCUCAAAGGGAAAAUUUCUGCCUGGAAAAGUGCGCUAGAAAAUUGUGUACUGGAGUGUCUAUUCCAUGAUAAUGAACAGCGUAGGAACUUUCUUUUGCGCACAGGCACUGUAUGAAUGAGGGACACCCGGGGAACGUGAAGUAAUUUCGCCAGGCUCUCUUGCUUUCACUCCACACGAUGGCUGUGACCGUGGAGGAGGCAGUUCUAAGUGCUUUGCGGGGUCAGGUGAGCGGAAACACGAAAUUGCCCGCCCCCCGCCUCAUCAAGAUCUACGUUGCCAGCAAUAAGAGAGAAUUUAAGGAGGAGAGACGUGUACUGCUAGAAGUCGUUGGCCCGGAAAUACAAUCAUUUUACGACGAUAGACAAAUUGAGAUGGAAUUCGUCGACAUGCACUUCGGCACAGGAGGCGGAGAGGCAAUCGUAGAUGCAGAUCCUUACCGCCUGGACGACCACUUGAGCGAAGUUCGAAUUUGCAUGCGUGACUCAAAGAGUGUCUUCUUUCUUGCACUUAUUGGCAAUGAUGCGGGCUCGUUUGUCCUGCCUACCUCCAUCGAGGCAGACGUGUUUGAGUGUGUACAGAAGAACUGCUGUCCAGAGGAGAGAAACCUUCUUCAGACGUGCUACAGUGACCAAAACAAUGACAAUGUUUUCAAUCUCCUCAAGCCAACAGAAACCGUCAGGCACCAGGAGAAGCGUGAAUGGGUGAAAACGUGCCGGGAGAUGAAGGAUGUGCUCGAGAGGACACUGCGAAAGAGCUUAUCGACUUUCCCUGAUGAGGUGCUGGCGCAAAAAAUGCGCCUCAUGCUGAAAUCUGCGCUGGAACGAGAGGUUGACACGGCUCUCGGAUGCUCUCGUGGAGAUAAUAUGAUGGCGGUGUUCCGAGAGUGGUCUUCGCCAUCAGCAUUGCGUGAUGGUGCCCAACAAAUCAAGAAGCAAUUAACCGAAUGUCUAUCGCCGGACAACAUGCAAAAUCUCACGGUUGAGGGUGAAGCGGCGGAAAUUGACCCAGACACUGAGAGUCACGAAGAUUAUUUGGCUGUGUUCAAGACCACCAUCGUUGAGAAAUUGAGGGCGACAAUCGAUCGGAGUCUCAUCAAUGAUCCAGACUGUAUAAAGGGCAGAAAAAAGACAGUUCAGGAAAUAUUUCACGAGCAUUCGAUACAUUUGGUGUUUGUGGGCGAGCACGAAACCAGCAAGAGUCUGUUGUCGUCCGCGGUGCCCGAGAGAUUGCGGUCAAAUGUGAUGCAACACUAUCGAUCCGGGUCCAGGCAUGCACCACACUUUAUCUACGGUCACCACGGGUCCGGCAAGAGUAGCCUCAUCGCCGAGCUAUAUGGUCAGGUCGUGAGAUGGUUCGACAACGCUAAAGUUCACCGGGUGAUAAGAUUUGCGUCAAAAACUCCACGGUCGGCAUACAGUUUGGAGCUAUUGCGAGUAAUUUGCCAGCAAAUCUCAAUAAUAUUCAACAUUCCCGAGGGAUACUUACCGAAGGAUGCCUCAUUUGAUCCUUUUUACAUCAACAACUGGUUCCAAAACCUAUUGAAACGCUGCGAGGAUUUGCCCAAUGACGUGCUCUUUCUCUUCAUCGAUGAUCUCCACAAGCUCAAUCCGCUUGACUGUGACAUUGUGGCCGCUCUAUCGUGGCUGCCCAUUAGUCUGCCAUCCAAUGUCUUCCUCAUCUGCUCAACUACCAUCCCUAUCGACGCCCUCAAGCUCACGCCCAUCCAGAAGGAGCGCUUCAAGAGUUCCGAAAGCCUCUUUGAUCUGUCUCAGGAGAGUAACAGGACCACAUUGAAACGAAUGCGACAGGAUGAGGCCUUUGAAACGUACGUGAAUCGCCUAUUUCGCGAAAUUGAGGGUGAAUUCGGAAAAAGAGGUCUAGCGAGGUUGGCUACUUACCUCUCGUGCACGGAGUACGGGCUGAGUGAAACAGAAUUGCUGGAAUUGCUCAUGCCAAUUCACAACAGCGACGCACUCAUUGAUUCCAACGAGGGAGUUUUCAAUUUCUCCACCUUCCGGGCAAUCCGCAAUCGAAUGAAACCCCUGAUUCGGGAGAAAUUGAUGUCGGGCAAGGUGUUGCUCCAGUGGCGUCAUGACUUGUGUGCUCAAAUUGCAAAGUCACGGUAUAUGGAUGAGGAGGCCAGGCGGUUGGCGCACACGGAGCUAGCGAACAUCUUCUUCAGUCAGGACGGUGAGGAGAGUGACGAGACGACUAUCAGUCAUCCCACAGACAAAUCUCCGCAGCAACAGCAACAUCUGCAGCCCACUGCUCAUGAGGAGACUGUGAGCAGUCGGCCUAGCAAUAUGCUACCCUGGGCAGAGCUAUCCUACAGUGUGCGCCACGUGGAGGAGUCCUGGCACCACUUGAUGCGGUCCGAAGACACGGAGAAGCUCAAGACCAUCGCUAUGUGUAAUUUCGACUUUCUCUUAGCGUCGCUCCAAACGGUCUCCAUCAGCUACUUGCGGUGCCUCAUUGAGCAUGUCCGGUGUCACAUUCUCGACAGGGACAUCGAGCUGAUUUACUACACCAUCAGGAAGUCGAGUGAUGUCCUCACGAGGGAUCCCAUGCAGUUGGGCGCCCAGGUGAUUUCAUGGCUCAGACCCAUUUCUGAGCAUGACGAGAAUGACAAUUCCCUCCUCAGCAUCACUGUGAGAUCAGCAACUGCCUGGUGCGAUGGCUACACUGUGCCUUUGCUGGUCCCUCUGUCGGGAUGGCUUCCAGUUCCUCUGCCAUCGCAAAUUCGUACAAUGACCGUGUCGGGCACCGGACAAAUCCGCACGAUUGAUUUGUCACCAUCGAAACAACACCUCAUUAUUGGUCCCAAAACGGGCGACGUUCAGCUGUGGCACAUCAUGAACAACAGUCUGGUCCACACAUUCAAAGGGCACAGCGGACCCGUGACAUGCCUCACCGUGGCCAGGGAAUUGAGUUAUCUCAUAACCGGAUCAGAGGAUACAUCUGUAAUUCUCUGGGACAUGAGGACGUUGACAAUGAAACAGCGAAUAUGGGAACACAUAGCUGCUGUCAUUUGUGUUACAUAUGCCUUGAAUAAUACAUAUAUCAUUAGUGGCGGAGACGAUUCUAGCAUCAUAAUAUCAUCGAUGGAAACGGGAAAAUUGGUUAUGAAAAUCGACCACCAUCGAGGACCUGUGACUGCCGUUCACGUGAGCAAUGCAAGCGAUGUCUUGGUCUCUUCGAGUACCGACACCACGGUUUGCCUCUGGUCUCUGGAAAAUUUUACACUCCUCAACACGAUCCAAUUGAACAGUCCGAUAAUGAAUUUUGAAAUUUCCAGCGACUCGGUAUUCCUGCUGGCAUUGUGCGAAGAUAAUGGAUUGUAUCUGCGAGCGCUGGCGACCGGAACAGAAUUACAUUCGCUCAAGGGACAUAAAUCGAAGGUCCGAGGAAUGUGUAUUGCCCAGGACAGUCAGCGAGCAAUAGUGGGAUGUGAGGACACCAAGGCUCUGAUAUAUGACAUGCACUCAGGACGAAUUAUCAGAUCUCUGCCACCAAAUCCGGGCUCAGUGACUGCGGUUUACUGCACGAAUGACGAUGACUUCCUCAUCACGGUCGGUGGGAAUAAGAUCACUUUCUACUCCUUCCGCCAUGAGGAUUCUUUCGCACAUUUGAGACCCAAGAGGCGCAAAGCCUCGCGCCAUAUUUCAGCACAGAAGCAGCAAUACAACGUGGGCAAUGUGCCCAUCACGUGCUUUGACAUCUCCAGGGACUCCCAAUUAGCCGCCUCAGCCUCAGGACGCAGUGUGGCUAUUUGGCAACUUAAUACCCCGGAAGUCACCACGACCCUGAACUAUCAUUCAGGACCUGUGACAGCGGUCAGUUUCUCGCCCAACGGAGAGUUCGUGGUUUCCGGAUCGGAGGACAAGAGUGUCAUUGUGGUGGGACUAACUCUAGGAUUAGUUGUGACCACUUUCAAAGGCCAUGGCGCGACUAUUCACGCUGUUGUCGCGAUGAUGGAUUCCAGGAGAGUCUUGUCAGCCGACAGGGAUGGAGUUUUGCAUGUGUGGGUAGCAGAUUCUGCAGCUAUUUUGCAAACUGUUCAAGGACCUCAUAAGCAACUAGCCGUAACCAACAAUAUGAAAUUUGCGGUGUGCACAAACGGUGACAACAGUCUUCGCAUUUGGUCACUGACACGAGAAGAUGAGAAGUACACUGUUUCCCACUCAGAUGAUAUAACUUGCUUUGUAAUCACCGUGGAUUCACUCUACGUGAUCACGGGCUCGCGUGACAUGUCACUGAAGGUAUGGCAAGCAACGGGAGGGAAGCUGGCUCAGGUUCUCGUGGGACACACGGAUGCCGUGACGUGCGUGGCGGUGCCCGUAACGAAUAAGAAUCAAGUGAUUUCGGGCUCAAAGGACUCCAAUCUCAUCGUGUGGGAUUUACACACAGGAGAGGAACUUCACACAUUGGCUGGCCAUUUGGCGCAAGUCACAUGCGUGAAGAUAUCAGCUGAUGGCACGACAGCGGUGUCUGGAAGUGAUGAUAAGACACUAAUUGUGUGGGAAACAAAGAGAGGACUUGCGCUCACGUCGCUUCAACUUCAUGUGCCAUUCACGCGAUUCGACAUCAGUCUGGAAUGCUCAAGGAUACUCAUUCAAUUAGUUGACAGCCAGAACUUCCCCGUGAUUUGUCUCCACAACACACCGGCGUCUUAUGUGAAGCUCCCCACUUACUCAGCUCCGGCCAGGGAUGUGGAGGACCUGAGACCGGCGGGACCGAAGCGACCGACGCAGCGACGAUUGCUGAAGAAGGAGGUGUCGUUGGACACGUACACAUGGCAGAAGAAGUAUGGCCAUCUCACGUCUUCGGUGAUGAUGGCUCAGGUGGAUGAGAGACUGAAGAGGCGCUUCUCAGUAUCGGCCAGCAUGGAGGAGAUCUCGAAAAUUGCAGAGAUGAAGUCCUUGGCAUCACAGACAAGCCUGUGCCCGGAACAGGCCGCCCUCGCACAAUCACAGCACUUUGACCAGCUCGAGGCGCUUUGGAACAAGAGAUCGCCGCCAAGGAGGAGACUUAAUACGUCCGUCUCGCGACAGUCUUCGCUCGUGGAGGACAGAAUAUCAUCUGAUGAGGAUGAGUUCCAGGAGGAAAGAGCAGAUGUUCUGGCGGAUUAAAUAGGAUCUUGCAUCAAUUAAGAAUAUACUCUACCACACUCAUUUCAAGACGCUUCCCAUCUCAACGCGACCAUCAAAUUAGUUGUAGUGUUAAACUCAGCCAUGAGGCCAUCAAAAGAGGACGAUUCUCUAAAAUUCAACUGAUAUCGUCACUCUGGUCGUUUAAAAACCGUAAAAAAAACUUUUAGGAGAGACUAUAAACAUUUCCAACCAACUGUGAACCUCAAGUAAUGUUAAAGCCAAAGAAAUUGUACACUCGGCAGAUUUAUACAAUUGAAUCAUUGAAUCACUUUGAUUUAAUGAAGGCAAUAAUAGUGAAAUAAAGUUGCCUUCAAACACCGAUUAAUCCAUCAAAUGAACUCCACCGCAAUGAUUUAGCCCAAUAAUGUGGUCACAAUCUUAUGUCGCCGAGUGUAUUCAAAUAGAAAAUAUUAUUAUGGACAAAGUUCACCCUUGUUAAUACUCGUUUUCUUUCCAAAUUCUACGAUGUGAGUUGUCAGAUGUAUUUUGAGAGGAAAUGAAUUAAGAAUAUAAAACCAGUAGGAAUUCUUGUUAAGCAAUAAAUGUCUUUUAGAGUACUUUUUAGAAUAACAAUGAAAAUGUAAUAAGAAAAACUCCGACAAUCACAUGAAAAGCACUGACUUUGAGUAAGCGAGAAGAAGCAAAGAGAGUCUCUCGAGGAAAUAGGAAGAACUUUUUGCACAAAUUGCUUGGAGAAGUGAAUAAAUGUUUGUCAGCUUCUUUUGCUUCUCUUAUUUUUUUUCUUACUGUUUCUUUUCUUUGAGGGCAAAUAAAGAAAAAAAAACUAUUGACACGCACUCCACACAUUCCAGAAUUUUCAACCUCUGUUGACAUCCUUUUUUGGAUCAUUUCUUACCAAUCUUUGUGUCAUUCAAUGGCAUUAUAAUUAGAUU